AUGGACUCCAUGACCGACUCCUCCGUUUCGCUCCGCAGCAGCGACCUCCCGGAAAUGUUUCGACCACCCGUGAACCGCGCGAUGCGUGUCUUGGACCGCUCGUUCUUUCGCAAGACGGUUCCUCUGUCCGCUGCUACGGUGUUUCAAAACUCAGAUAUCUCAAAGGUGCGAGCGGAGUUACACAAGAGCCGGGACCUCCUGGCCGUGCCUCGACUCAACUGUAUCCGGGACGUGACAGACCAGGAUGGGCAGGUGAAGAAGGCUUUACUGCUGCGCGAAACUGUCAAGCAUGACGAUCAAGAAACAUGGUCGCCGAAGAUAAGUGAGCUGGUCGAGAGGGGGAGGAUCGCAAUGCGGCCGUACGACUUGACGCUUGACUAUGAUUAUUGGACGUACGCCGAUAUCAUCGCCUCGAUUCUACCCGAGGACGAGCUACAAGAGAUCCCGCAGGGAUUUACUCAAGUGGGACAUGUGCUGCAUUUGAAUCUUCGCGAGCAAUACCUCCCGUACAAAUAUCUCAUUGCGGAGAUUCUGAAGGACAAGAAUAAGGCGAUCAGAACGGUGAUCAACAAAACCGAGGAUGUUGGAUCGCAUAGCGAGUUCCGCACAUUCCCCUUUGAGCUUCUGGCUGGUGAUAAUGAUUUGAAUGUUGUUCAGCACGAGCAGGACUGCGAGUUUCGCUUUGACUAUUCCCGCGUCUACUGGAACAGCCGUCUGGAGACGGAGCAUCGUCGACUCGUGGAGAAAUUCAACCAGGGCGAGAUGGUAUGUGAUGUGAUGGCGGGUGUGGGGCCGUUUGCUGUGCCUGCCGGAAAGAAGAAGAUCUUUGUCUGGGCCAACGACCUCAACCCGCACGGGUACGAGGUGAUGCAGGACGCAAUCAGGAGGAACAAGGUGGAGGGCUUCGUCACACCGUUCAACAAGGAUGGCCGGGAAUUUAUCCGCUGGUCUGCCAAGGAGCUCCUGGAGGCGGAGCCGGUGACCGUCACGAUUCAUCCCAAGGUGCGGCGGGAGAAAAAAACGGGCAAUCAAGUCGAGCAGGCUCCCCCGCCUCACCCGGAGGAGUAUCACCGUCCGGUGUUCUUCGACCACUACGUGAUGAACCUCCCCGCCACGGCAAUUGAGUUUCUCGAUGCGUUCCCUGGCGUCUACGCCGGCAGGGAGUCGCUGUUCGCUCCGCACACUUCCCAGCGUCUACCUAUGGUCCAUGUGUAUUGCUUCUCGGGCCAUUCCGAGAACGAGCUUGACGACCACAUUGACAUCUGCCAGCGGAUAUCCGAACGUAUCGGGUACACUAUCACGCCCGAGGAUCGGAUCGGCGGCAGUGGGAAUCAGAGCAUUGAGCUCUCGAUCCACAAUGUGAGAUUAGUCAGUCCUAAGAAGCAGAUGUUCUGCGCUAGCUUCCGUCUGCCUGCGGAGGUUGCGUUCAAAAAGGUAUAA